ACAUUUUGCGCGCCACGGCUGGAUCGCCUAAAUAGGCUACUACAUAUACAAAACACAACUACGACUGACUGCCGCCUUCGUUCUUUGUUUACUACGAAGGUCGGCGGCCAAGCGCCGAGGGAUUAGCCGACUUUCGCGUAGUGUGUGCGCGUCCGAGACUUUUUUUACUUUUUGUAUAUUAAAUUAGUCCUCGUCGUCUCGUAGGAAGAAAACACACACGUGUGCUACGGCGCGUCCUUAUAUUGCCUUGCCCGCGUAAUUUUUCUGAGUUGCAUUAGCCCCGGAGCCUCUGCGAGGAAUAUUAUGAAUGUCGCGUGCACCACCGCUGCAGACCAAAACGAACAACGGCCUUCGCUGACAUUUGAAAAUGAAGAAAACGUUCCUAAUAAUAACGGACCCGAAGUAUGCAGGUGGAGGACCAGUAACCAAAAUUGCAAGGAUCAUUCCGAGUCGCAGGAAUUGUUUUCAGAUGAUGAUCAGAUAAAAAAUCCUGGUAUUUCAUCCCCACAAUUGUUUCCACGUCAUUAUGAUCUAGAAUCACCAAAUGUUUUUAUAAAGACACCAUUUCUUUAUUCAAAUUCAUUAGAAGAAACUCCAGGGAAAGCGGUUGUUCCUAAGACACCAGCUGAUCUGGCCCCUUUUAUAGCUAAAACAAAUUGCUUAUGGACUAGUGAUAUGGAAACUCCAGAGAGUAAAUUGAAAGAAAUGAAAACUGAACAAAGAAAUAUAACAAUGGAUUCUGUUGAUAUUUUUCAGAAUAAUGCAACUCCUAGACGUUGCAGAACACCAGUUACUGAAAAUGUAAAAACUGAAAAAUUAAGUAUUACUUCUCCAGUUCUUGGAGGUAGAAAAAAAUCCAAAAAAAAAGUGAAGCGAAGACUACUGACUUGUACAGCACCUGAUAUGGAUGAUAAUGUCAGUAGACAGAACAGUAUUAGUAGUUAUAGUGAUAGAGUUACUUCUGAAACUGCUAGCACAGUGAGUAAUGAUUUUCCUCUAGAAUCUGAUGUAAAUAAUGUGGAAAUGGCUCUAGAUAAAGCUCAAAGCAAUGAAAAAUUAGAAGUACCAGUAGUACAUUCUGAAAAAAAUAGUAAUACUUCAACGCAAGAUUUUUUUUCCAAUGCAUCUUUCAGUGCAAUUGAUAAAAUAUGCAAUAGUGCUCUGGAAGAAGAAAAAAAAAUGACAAUAAUUCACGAGUCAACGAGUAAAAAUAUAGAUACUAAACCUGUGAUAAAAACUGAAUUGAUUAAAGAAGAAAAUUCUCAAUCAAGUGUAAGUGAGGGUGUUUUGGAGAGAAUAGCAGCAAUAAAACGUUAUCAAAAACCUAUGAGAAGAUCAAUUGAUGUAAACCAAUCAAUGGUGUCAAAAGAAGCAUUUUUACAGCCUGUUAGAGAACUUGAGCUAGCAGAUACUAAGUUUGCUCAGGAUUACAAAAAAGUUCAAAAUAUUCAACAUAAAUCUGAUAAUGUUCAGUCAUUUACUCAAUUAUCAUCAUUAAAAACCGAAAUUCAAGAUGAAAAUGCACCUGUGUCUAAUAAUGAUAAUAAAUGUCAAGUUCAAGAAGUACCAUUAGAAAUCAUGGAUGCUUGGUCUCCUCAUACUGCUGGUGAUAAUGUGGAAAUUGUUGAGAAAAUUAAAUCUAGUAUACCGCACAGUUCUGAAUCAAGUGAAAAACUUGAAAAAUUAAAACUGUACGAUGAAUUAGGUUUAAACGAGUUCUUAGAUCCAAAGUUAACACCAGAAUUAAAAGAAGAGGAAAAAGAUGAUGGAAUAUUAUAUCUGCAAGAUAUGGAAUUAGAAGUACCAGUUGAGACUUAUAAUGAAGAUUUUUCAAAAUGUGAUGUUAUUGAUGAACAACAAAAACAAACUAUGGCAUUUUUUGCGGCUGUGAAUGUAAAUGAUGAAAUACAUUUAUCAAAUUUGCAGACAAUCAACUACGUUCAUGCAGAAGCCAAUCAGCAAAAUAUUUUAUCAUUGCUACCCAAUGAUUUAUCAAAAAUUCAAAUUGAAUCUGAAGUCAAUAUUAUAGGAAUUCAAUCUGAUACCGCCAUCAUUCCAACGAGCCAUGAUGGUUUUUCAACGGCCAAGGGUGAAACCAUCAACAUUGACAAAGAAAAGGAAGUACAAUAUAUGAAGCUUCUUGAUGAAAUAGAUAUAUCCAGUAAAGAACAAGAGACUAAAAGGAAAAGAAAAAGUCUUUCAUUGCAUAAAAAUGUGAAGUCAAAAGACAGAGUUUCUCUUGUAUUUAAUGAUGAUGCAGUGGUCAAAGAUAAUACUGAAUUAAAUCACCCUGAAAUCAAACCUGACAUCUUUAAAUGCCCAUCAGUUGUUGAUGGAUUUUCUACAGCAAAGGGACAGAGCAUCAAAGUGAAUGAGGAAAAAGAAAAACAGUUCAUGAAGCUUCUUAAUGAAAUAGAUGUUACAAAUGAUGAGCAAGACUUUAAAAAAAAUAAAAGAAAGAGUUUUCCUACCAAACUAAAUCAAAAACCAAACGAUAGGGUCUCUCUUGUGUUCAAAAGUAAUACAAAAGUUAAAAAUUGUAUUGUUGAAGAAAAUAGUACAGAUAUAGAUUUUCAAAUUCCCAAGUAUCCAUCUGCCUCUGAUGGAUUUUCAACCGCCACAGGUAAAGUAAUCAAAGUAAACGAAGAAAAAGAAAAACAGUUUAUGAAACUUCUUGAUGAAAUAGAUAUGACAAACAAUGAAGAAGACUUGAAGAAAAAUAAAAGAAGGAGUUUACCUCUAAGACUAAACCAAAAACCAAAUGAUAGGGUCUGUCUUAAGUUUAAAAGUGAUACAAAAGUUACAAAUAGUAUUGUUGAAGAAAAUCACACAGAAUUCAAUUUUUCAGUGCCUAAAAAUCCUUCUAUCACUGAUGGAUUUUCAACUGCCACGGGUAAAGUUAUUAAUGUCAAUGAAGAAAAAGAGAAGCAAUUUAUGAAGCUUCUUGAUGAAUUGGGAGACAAUGAACAAGAUUUUAAAAAAAAUGAAAAGAAGACUUUUCCAGUGAAGGCUAAUUAUAAACCUAACGACAGGGUCUCUUUGGUAUUUAACAAUACUGAAAAAGUUAAACAUGAAACCAUCCCAAAAUCCACUGAAAUUAGUAGUUCUCGAGUAAGCAGUGACGGUUUUUCAACUGCUAAAGGAAAAAGUAUCAGUAUAAAUGAAGAAAAAGAAAAACAGUUCAUGAAGCUUCUUACUGAAAUAGAUGUCACCGAUGAACCAGACUUUAAAAAUAAAAGAAAAAGCCUCCCACCAAAAGUGAACCACCGGCCAAAUGACAGAGUUUCGCUUGUAUUCAAAAGUACUGUCGAAGCUAAAAGCGAUAGUGCAAUAAUACCUAACAACAAUGUUGCAAUUCCAUCUUGUAGUAGUGAUGGAUUUGCAACUGCUGGAGGUAAAGGUAUUUGCAUCGAUGAAGAGAAAGAGGAACAAUUUUUAAAAUUUUACAACGAAAUAGAUGUGACUGGUAGUGAGCCAGAAAUUCGGCAUAAAAGGAGAAGUCUGCCAGUACAAACAAAUAAUAUUUUGAACGAGAACGGGCUUGUUACAUUUAAAAAUUGCAACUUUAACAAGUGUUCUGUAACAAUCAAUCAUAUAAUCGAAGAAAAAGAAAAUUAUGACUCAACUAGUUACACAGAAAUUUCAAGGUCCAAACUCGAUUCGUUGCCGAUAAGCAAGCCAAGCGUCGCCAGUACAACUUCGCAUGCCGCUGUUAUUUCGGAUUCAAUAAUCGAAAAAGAGUUUACCAGCGAAAAUAUACAGAUUAAUGAAAAAUCGCUGUUGUCUUCGACGUUGAAGGAGGACGCGUAUCCAGUCUCGAAACGCCGUAAGAGCGAAAACGUCACGCUCGGCGGAGGUCCUCUGACCUUGAGCAGCGACACGGACGACGUAUUCAACGAUCUCGGCGCCGAUCUCGAGGCACUGCUGGCAGCUCCCGUAAAAGUCAUUCCUCAGAGCGUACUGAAUCAUUUGCCAAUGUCCGAGCAAAAAUCGACUGGCAGCAUACUGAUGAAACGAAAAUUGGAAACUCUAGAGCCGAAGAGACUCGAUCGGCCGCGAUCUUUCGGUGGAUUUACCAAACCAACAUCGAAUGACGCGACCAAACUCAACAAAUCAGAUCCCAACGAUGAGUCCCUUGGAAACAGACCUUUGCAAGCCGCAUUAUCCAUGAGCCAGUGCUUCGAUCCUCACUCGGAUUCUCUGCUGUCGAAGGUCGACAUCAGCAGUUUGAACUUCAGCACGAAGGUAAAAUCGCCCGAACCGACGAAGAAAGUAGUCUCGAGCGACGAUUUCGAGGGAUUCACUUUUCAAGAGAUCACCGAGAGUUUUCGCAAGUAUUCGAGUUUUGAAAAUUACUGGCGCAGAGCUCGAGAGAGAAACGUCGAUGUUAUCGUCGAUCACGGCAGAAGCGUGUCGAUCAUCAACGAGAGCUCGUCGAUACAGCGAGUCAUCUUGCAGCAUGCCAAUAACGUCGAGGUGAACAAAACGAACAACGACACGUACGUGAUGAGAGAUCGGAAGGUGUUCGACGACGCGGUGGUGUAUAAAGUGCCGAAAGCUCGCGCGUACAAAGCGAGGAGAGCGAAAAAAGAAACAGUAAUUACGAGUGUCGUCGACGUUAAACCUGUGGUGGAGACAAGUAAAAGAACAAGGCAUUCGGAUACCGAUAGUGAUACACCGUUGACGUCAUCGAAAAAGCCCAGGAUCAGCAAUGAAUUUCCAGGUAGACGAUUGUUUUCCGACGAGUCCGAGAUCGAAGAUGACGAAGACGGUGGUAAGAUGUCCAAAACUUUACCGAUUGCUGAAUCGAAGCAAGAGGAGCAAAUGGAUAUUGAAGAAGACGAAGGUUUAGUGGAAGAGCGGUUAGAAGCUGUAAUGCAGCAGGAAAAAUUAAUUAGAAAUAAAAACAGAAUAAAGGUAAAGCCUGUGAUAGGAGCUCUAUUACAACAGAGACUCGAAAAUAAAGACAAACGUACGAGUUGGGCCGACUUGGUGGGAUGCGCAUUACCCAAAGCACGUACCGUAGAGCAACUAAAACAAUCUAAUUCUGACGAAAAUAUCGUUCAAGUUAACGCGUCGAACGCUUCGAAUUACAAAUUCAUCAAAGCCAGUAUGGUCGAUCGUAAAAGAGUCGCGAGUCUGGACAUCGGCGACGGAGCAAAACUGAUAUUCGACGAGAAAGGACAAGCUGGCGUAGAAGAAUUUCAAAGUGCAUUUUUAGCAAUGCCAGGAGUCGAUCCAAAAUUAUUGCCAACCGGUUGGAUUGAAAAUCAUUACAAAUGGAUUGUAUGGAAACUGGCUUCUGUCGAUCGAUCUUGCUUCGAUUCUACUCUUUUACCUAGAAUGUUGACUCCGGAACGAGUGAUGCUCGAAUUAAAGUAUCGUUACGAUCGAGAGAUCGAUCGCGCCCAAAGACCGGCAUUGAGAAUGAUUUUGGAAAAAGACGACGUACCAUCGAAGCGAAUGAUUCUGUGCAUAUCCUCUAUCACUGAAAUUCCAUUAAAUAAAGAGGAUGGAGAAAAAGACCCACGAGCAAUGCUCGGCCUGCAGAAAUGGAAAAUAGAAGCCACAGACGGCUGGUACAGCAUACCACUCGCUAUCGACAAUCCCAUGACCAAUUACGUGCAAGCCGGUAAAAUUAAGGAGGGUACGAAAAUUUUAACUUACGGCGCCGAGCUAUGUGAUUGCGAGCGAGGCUUUCAUCCGUUAGAGGCACCGCCAAACGUUAGUUUGAAAAUAUUUACAAACAGCACGAGAAGAGCCAAGUGGGAUGCGAAAUUGGGUUAUCAAAAAAUUUCGCGGUCCAUACCGGUCAGAUUGAAAGAUAUCGUUGCGGGUGGCGGUAUGGUCGGCGAAGUCACUGUAGCAGCUGCUCGAAUAUAUCCACUAUUAUAUCGAGAAAAAACUGCGGAUGGACAAAUGAUUUAUCGUAACGCCAGAAGCGAGGAAAAAGCCGCGGCAGCUCACGAGCGAGCUCUCGAGUCCAAAGUCAACGCGAUGUUCGCCGAGGCCGAGAAGAAUUUCGAGUCCGAGCAGAAGAACAAUCGCAAUAAUUACGAAGGCGCCGAAUCGAUCAAACAGAAAAUCGAAUCGCAAGUGCGCCAGAGUCUGCCCCCACCGCGCGACGUCACGCCGGUUCUCAAAAUACGUCUUUACAGCGAUGAGUCGCACGCCAUGUUGACCAUAUGGGGUGCCACCGAAGACUCUCGCUAUGACAUCAAAGAAGGAAAUACAAUCACAGUUUAUAAUUCGUUCGCCACCGGAUCCAGAGGAGGGGAAAUGAAUUUGACCGCAAAUCGUAUGACACACAUCAAAGUCGAGCCACUGUUAAAAUUGCCACAUCCGCAAAGAUGCUGUAGCCUGAUAACAGAGAUUUCUUCGGGUAUGUUCGAGCCUAAAUUCAACGAAUUCGAUACCGUCGGUAUUGUCUUAUCGUGCGUACCCUCGCCACACGGAAUGAAAAAUUUCGAAGCCGUACACUUGGGUUAUCCGAAACCCAACGAUGAGGGCACAGCUUAUUUAUCGGUGCUCUUCUGGAACGGGGUCGCGGCGUACGGCUAUCAAGGCAUGUUCUCUCCCGGUACUUUUGUGGGCUGCAGCAACCUCGAGUGGAGGCGCAAUACCGCUUGGAACGUGACGGCGGCUUAUUGCGGUGAAAAGAGCACCUUCACGACGAAUCCACGACAGCCGAUGCUGAGCAAGGAGCUGCGCAAUCUUAAAUCUCUCGUGCCUAACGGACUCGCCUUCGUGGAGAACUGCGCCGAGGAUCUGGCGUCCGAGCUGGCGAAGCGACCAGCGUCGAGAUCACAGCACGGCACGCCGACCGAGCGCGUCAGUUUUUAUGGAACUAGUCAAAUUAAUCGCGUGACGCCCGAUUCAGUGUCCAUAAAAAACAGAUUGGAGAGACUGUCGCGUUACGGCGGCGACUCGCCCAUGGACAAUCUGUCACCCAUAGUCUUGAACAAUAGCUCAACGAGAGUUCAAAAGGACUACACGCCCGUUACUCCCAGAUGAGAAGAGGCCCCCGAUCCCUGCUGUCGCAUCUUUGGAAGGUGGACAACAGGUGUAAAAGUAUUCGACCAAGAAAACCGAAGAAGAAAAAAAUCAAGUUUUUGUUUGACAAUGUUGUCGAUUUUUUUGUUGUUGUCGUGAAAUAAGUGACAUCGUAAUAAUUAUUAUUUUAUUUUUGACUGAUUGAGCAUUGAUAGGAGAAUUUACGAAUCAAAUAUCCGUAUUACAUUAUUUUUUUGAAAAGUUUUAAGUAUCGUGUGCCAUAAACAUCUGUAUAACUGUGUUGAUAUAAUGAUUAAGCAUAAUUGCUAGGCUGGUCCUAAAUAUAAAAAUGUGCCGUUGCAAGUUCGUACAAAGAACGUUCGUAAUCUUAGAAAUGUUUAGGUACAAUGUCAUUUAAUGCACAGGCCUAAAAAUUUUUAUUCUUUUACGAAAUGCAUGUAACAUUUUGAGCAUCAUAAAAAUUUAGAAUUUAGGUUUACAAAAACUUACGUAAACUAUGUUAUUGUGUAGAUUAGAUUGUUAAAGUUUUAUCUCAUAGUUGUUGUACUAGUAAAUUAAGCGAAUUCGAGUAACCAUCUUAUUUUUGUAAAUGUUGUAUAAAAAAAAAAUUUACUUCGCAUUCGAUGAGACUGCCUAGAAAAUAAAAUAAA